AUGAGGAGGGUCAACAGAGUAAGUCACAGAGAUUCUCCAUCCCAUUCUCCUGUGGAACACCCAGUCUCAACAGUAGAGGAGGUAGACCAGGAAGGCCAAGGAAAACCUCCACAGAACCAUCUGCAGGCCCGGGACUUCCACAGACACUUCCUGUCUAGCGCCAAGGUGAAGCAGGACGGCCACCCCAGCAUGGUUGACAGGCUGCUGGAGAACCACGGAGCCUGCAUCCCCCAACAUGACCCACACAUGUACACAGAAGCAGCAGCACUCACCAAGUCCAUCCCUGGGUAUUCUAUACUAGCUUUUCCUGACUUCUGGUGACAUCUCCCUCCACAGAGCAAAGAGCCAAUGGCUGGAAGGAAACCCAAUGUACAAAGGUAGGUAUAUAUCUUCAUAUGUUAACCAAUGGUUUUAUAGUUGAGUAAGUUGAAGGUAAAAUACCAUGCAAGACAUAAAAAAAUAGCACUGGUGCAGCUACCCAUAACUAAAUUGAGUGUGUGAAUGAUUGGACCCAAAAAAAUUAUAGAAAAGUAAAACACGUAAUAGUAAAAGUAAUAAGAAAUACAAAAUAAUUAACGAUAACUUUGCUAUAUACACAGGGUAUCAGUACCGAGUCGAUGUGCAGGGGUAUGAAGUAGGAAUAAAGUAACAGAUAAUAAACAAUAGCAGCAGCGUAUGUGAUGAGUCAAAGAAGUUAGUGCAAAAAGGUUCAAUGCAGAUAGUCCAGAUAGCUAUUUGGUUAACUAUUUAACUAACUGUUUAGCGGUCUUAUGGCUUGGGGGUAGAAGUAGUUCAGGGUCCUGUUGGUUCUAGAGUUGGUGCAUCGGUACCGCUUGCCGUGCGGUAGCAGAAAGAACAAUCUAUGACUUGGGUGGCUGGAGUCUUCAACCAUUUUUAGGGCCUUCCUCUGACACCGACUGAUAUAGAGGUCCUGGAUGGCAGGGAGCUCGGCGCCAGUGAUGUGCUGGGUUGUAUGCACUACCCUCUGUAGUGCCUUCCGGUCGGAUGCCAAGCAGUUGCCAUACCAAGUGGUGAUGCAGCCAGUCAAGAUGCUCUCAGUGGUGCAGCUGUAGAACCUUUUGAGGAUCUGACGGCCCAUGCCAAACCUUUUCAGUCUCCUGAGGGAGAAGAGGCGUUGUCGUGCCCUCUUCAAGACUGUGUUGGUGUGUGUGGACCAUGAUAGGUUCUUAGUGAUGUGGACACAGAGGAACUUGAAGUUCUCGACCUGCUCCUCCACAGCCCUGUCGAUGUGAAUGGGGGCGUGCUAGGCCCUCCGUUUCCUGUAGUCCGCGAUCAGCUCCUUUGUCUUGCUGACGUUGAGGGAGAAGUUGUUGUCCUGGCACAACACUGCCAGAUCUCUGACCUCCUCCCUAUAGGCUGUCUCAUCAUUGUUGGUGAUCAGGCCUACCACCGUCGUGUGGUCGGAAAACAAUGAUGGUGUUGGAGUCCUGCGCGUCCACGCGUUCGUGGGUGAACAGGGAGUACAGGAGGGGACUAAGCACACACCCCUGAUGGGCCCCCGUGUUGAGGGUCAGCAUGGCGGAUGUGUUGUUGCCUACCCUCCCCACCUGGGUGCGGACCGUCAGGAAGUCCAGGAUCCAGUUACAGAGGGAGGUGCUCAGUCCCAGGGUCCUUAGGUUAAUGAUGCGCUUGGAGGGCACUAUGGUGUUGAACACUGAGCUGUAGUCAAUUAAUAUCAUUCUCACAUAGGUGUUCAUUUUGUCCAAGUGGGAAAGUGCAGUGUGGUGUGCAAUAGAGAUUGCAUCAUCUAUGGAUCUGUUGGGGCGAUAUUUGAAUUGGAGUGGUGAGGGCUAGGGGUCUGGGCAGAAGUGAUGUAGUUGAUGUUUGUAUGGUGUCAUUUGUUUGUGUAUGUUUUGUAUUGUUAAUAAAAUAUAAAAGUAUAUAUAUAUAUAUAAUCAUAUAAAGAAAAAGGAUAAAAGAAAGCAGCAGCUCAGUGUGGAUCUUGCCUUUAAUCCACGGCUUCUGAUUGGGAUAUGUACGUUGGAUCACUUGUGGGGAAGACAUCAUCAAUGCACUUAUUAAUGAAGCCGGUGACUGAUGUGGUAAACUCCUCAAUGCCAUAUUCCAUAUUCCAGUCUGUUCUAGCGAAACAGUCCUGUACCUUAGCAUCCGCUUCAUCGGACCACUUCCGUAUUGAGCGUGUCACUGGUACUUCCGGUUUGAGUUUUUGCUUGUAAACAGGAAUCAGGAGGAUAGAGUUAUGAUCAGAUUUGCCAAAUGGAGGGCGAGGGAGAGCUAUGUAUGCAUUUCUGUGUGUUGAUUAAAGGUGACCUAGAGUUUAUUCACCUCUAGUUGCACAGGUGACAUGCUGGUAGAAAUGAGUUAAGACGGAUUUCAGUUUUCCUGCAUUAAAAUCACCGGCCACUAGGAGUGCCACUUUUUGUUUGCAUAUGGCCCUAUACAGCUCGUUGAGUGCGGUCUUAGUGACAACAUCGGUUUGUGGUGGUAAAUAAACAGCUACGAAAAAUAUAGAUGAAAACUCCCUUGGUAAAUAGGAUGGUCUACAGCGUAUCAUGAGGUAUUAUAAAUCAGACAAGCAGAACCUCGAGACUUCCUUAAUAGUAGAGAUUGCGCACCAGCUGUUGUUAACAAAGAGACACACCUCCCCCCUUGAGCUUACCCGAGGCUGCCGUUCUGUCCUGCCGAUGCAUAGAAAAAUCUGCUAGAUGUACAGUGCAUUCUAAAAGUAUUCAGACUCCUUAACCUUUUCCACAUUUUGUUACGUUACAGCCUUAUUCUCUCUGGAUUAAAUAAAUACAAAUCCUCAUCAAUCUACACACAAUACCCCACAAUGACAAAGCGAAAACAGGUUUUUAGAAAUGUUAGCAAAUGUAUUAAAUAUGAAAAACAGAAACCUUAUUUACAUAAGUAUUCAGACCCUUUGCUAUGAGACUCGAAAUUGAGCUCAGGUGCAUCCUGUUUCCAUUGAUUAUCAUUGAUGUUUCUACAACUUGAUUGGAGUCUACCUGUGGUGAAUUCAAUUGAUUGGACAUGAUUUGGAAAGGCACACACCUGUCUAUAUAAGGUCCCACAGUUGACAGUGUAUGUCACUGCAAAAACCAAGCCACGAGGUCAAAGGAAUUGUUCGUAGCGCUCUGAGACAGGAUUGUGUCGAGGCACAGAUCUGGGGAAGGGUACCAAAAAAUGUCUGCAGCAUUGAAGGUCCCCAAGAACACAGUGGCCUCCAUCAUUCUUAAAUGGAAGAAGUUUGGAACCACCAAGACUCUUCCUAAAGCUGGCCGCCCAGCCAAACUGAGCAAUCAGGGGAGAAGGGCCUUGGUCAGGGAGGUGACCAAGAACCCGAUGGUCACUUUGAUAGAGCUCCAGAGUUCCUCUGUGGAGAUGGGAGAACCUUCCAGAAGGACAACCAUCUCUGCAGCACUCCACCAAUCAGGCCUUUAUGGUAGAGUGGCCAGACGGAAACCACUCCUCAGUAAAAGGCACAUGACAGCCCGCUUGGAGUUUGCCAAAAGGCACUUAAAGGACUCAGACCAUGAGAAACAAGAUUCUCUGGUCUGAUGAAACCAUGAUUGAACUCUUUGGCCUGAAUGCCAAGCGUCACGUCUCGAGGAAACCUGGCACCAUCCCUACGGUGAAGCAUGGUGUUGGCAGCAUCAUGCUGUGGGGAUGUUUUUAAGUGGCAGUGACUGGGAGACUAGUCAGGAUCAAGGAAAAGAUGAACGGAGCAAAGUACAAAGAGAUCCUUGACGAAAACCUGCUCCAGAGUGCUCAGGACCUCAGACUGUGGUGAAGGUUCACCUUCCAACAGGACAACGACCCUAAGCACACAGCCAAGACAACGCAGGAGUGGCUUCGGGACAAGUCUCUGAAUGUCCUUGAGUGGCCCAGCCGGAUCCCAGACUUGAACCCAAUCGAACAUCUCUGGAGAGACCUGAAAAUAGCUCUGCAGCGAUGCUCCCUAUCCAACCUGACAGAGCUUGAGUGGAUCUGCAGAGAAGAAUGGGAGAAACUCCCCAAAUACAGGUGUGCCAAGCCUGUAGCAUCAUACCCAACAAUACUCGAGGCUGUAAUCGCUGCCAAAGGUGCUUCAACAAAGUACUGAUUAAAGGAUCUGAAUACUUAUGUAAAUGUAAUAUUUCAGUUUUAAAUUUAUUAAUUUGCCAAAUUGAAAAAGAAAACUGUUUUUGCUUCGUCAUUAUGGGAUAUUGUGUGUAGAUUGAAGAUUACAUUUUUUAAAUAAAAUAUACAUUUUAGAAUAAGGCUGUAAUGUAACAAAAUGUGGAAAAAGUCAAGGAGUUUGAAUACUUUCCAAAUGCACUGUAUAUUAUCCAUGUCCUUGUUCAGCCAUGACUCCGAGAAACAUAGGAUAUUACAGUUCUUCAGGUCCCAUUGAUAGGAUAGUCUCGAACAGAGUUUGUCCAGUUGUUCUCCAGUGAUUGUACGUUCGCCAAUAGAAUGAAGGUUAGAGACGGUUUAUGUACUCGCCAAUGUAGUCUCGUCAGGUUAACUUUUCCAGGUGCAAAUUGCAGAUUGUGGGAAAGGACGUUUAUUUAACUCAUUUCACAAUUCAUUGUGUUCACCCUGGGGAGAGAUAAGACUAUGUUAGCUCUAUUUAAUGUCUUCUUCUCCGCAAAAGCCAUUUUUGGGGGACUUAAAGUCUUUGACAGUCUGCAACAUUUAGGUUGCAUAGAUGCAAUUUGUCAAGCACUUUACUUUUUGGGGAGUCUGAGUUCACAUAAAAUGGUUCUGAAUACUUUUAAAUUCAGCUUUCACCAGAAGUGUAUGUAAAUUGUCCCAAGUUAAAUUAUGAUUUCCCUUAUGUAAAACUCAAAAGUUUUUUUCCUCUUCAUGAAGAAAAACAAGUAGAUUUAUUUCAUUUGGAGGGCGUCUGGUCUGCUGGGCCCUGCUUUCUUAGAGAGCGUGAGAAAGUGUUUUCAGCCUCUCUCUGACUCUCUCUGACUCAGUGGGAUGGUUACUGGCCGUUCUGUCCCCUCAGGACUUGGUGGGGUAGAUGCAGGGCAGUGGUCCUCACAGGCAUGGCCUGAUCAAACAGCCACACCCACAGGCUCCAUUCAGCAUGUGUUCCUCUAGCCUCCUGAUGGUGGAUCUCCCAGACUUUAUUAUUGUCCUCUGGUGUAUUUCUUUAGAGUUCACCCUGCACAGGGAUGAAGAAGGGGAUGAGGAGAGCUCUGUGGCUGCAGUGGAGACAUUUAUCCAGCCCAUCUUCACAGAGAGGAGGAAAGGAAUGGCUGUCUGAUGCAGUGCUCCUCUGUGGCCGGCGCCUCUCCUCUGAAGUUGGGGAGAUGUGAGGGACCUUGGGGAGGCGGCGAUGGGCUAGUUAGAGGAGAGGGGUAGAGAGAGAGCAGUCUCUGCACCACAGUCUCUCUCCAGCUACUGAGAGAGAGGAGGAAAUAUCAUGGCCCUUUGCUGUGCUGACUCACCACACCACUAUACAGAGAAACUAGGUCUGCAGGUGUUGGAUGUAUCCCACUGUUUAUAUUUAGUUGGGCAAUAUCUUGAAAUGUCAAGUCGAAUUGCCAUAUAUGUUAACAUGCAGGGUUUAGGCUGACUUCCAGGGUUUAUGAAGUCAGCCAUUCACUAUAAUAUUACAGAACUCAAAUGUACUUGUUUGUAAUGAUACCGUCCUAACAUGCUUUAGAUUACAAAAUGCUGUACUAUAUGGCCAGUACCGGCGAAUCUAAGAGAGUCAUUGAAGCAAAAUAUGUACAGUAUUUAUUAAAGUAAUUACAGAACCAUCAUUAAUCAACAAUAUUAAUGGUGAUUGGUGUGUUAUUGAAGUGUACGGUAGUGUAACUAUAUUACACUGGAUUAUCCUCAUUGGAUGUGUACUAUACUCUGUCUCUAACAGUAAGAAGGUGUUUGAGGACAUCCAGUGUCUCCCCUACACUGAGGACAUUAUUAAUGAAGUUGUGUUUGAUCUGGAGGACCCCAGGUAAGUGCUGACAAGUCAGCCACUCUCUCUGAAUGAUUCCACACGGGCAGUUAUCAUAUGGCCCUAUCCUUAAUGGAUGUCCGGCAUAGCUGCUUAAAACAUCUGCUACCAGACAGUGAAAUACCCUUCUUGUUACAGACAAAAUGUUGAAAUAGCAAAGCACUUUGGUGGAUAGGUGUGGGUAUGUCUGGGAUAUUCUGGGCUCUGCUGCUCCAGACUCAUCUAUUGAUGUGUUAGUUGAAUGCAGUGGAAAUAGAGGAUGUGAAUAACAUGGAUACUGUAAGAGCAACUACACCAUCCUGACUGGUGCUUUCUUACUGCAUGCCUGAUAAUCAGAGCAUCGCCAGGCACACUCAGCUAGAUUAUGUGUAUAAUGAGAAACCUUGGGUGCCAUUUUCUGUUUCUGGUCAGACUGUUAGUGGAUGGGUCCGGACACUGAAUUACUAAAGCUUGAAAUUCAAAAUGACCAUUACUCUCCUAGUCAUCUAUACUUGUUGAUGUAGUCAAGGUACUCUGUAUUAAUGAACCUCCCCCCAGCUCCCCGUGCUCUCUUGAUCACUCCAAAUCCCUGAGCUUCUUCUCCAAGUUUGAGUGCGGGAACCUGCGCAAAGCCGUUCACGUCCGCAGGUACGGUUCUUCCCUUGGUUCCAGCUCCUUCCUGCUUCCUUGCUGAGAUCUGACUACAGGCAGUCCAUCCCCCUCGGGGCUCAUUUACGCUGCAUUGGAAAUCAAACAGCGUCUCUCUAACCUCUCCUUUUGGUUCUGUAAGGAAGGUGUCCCAUUGACAUAUUUCAGAUCAAAUUAAAGGUUUAGCCUAGACCGGGACUGGAAUGUCAUUCAAUAAUAUAGCAAUUCUUUGUAAAACGGCUACGCUGUUGAGCAGUUAGAAUACAUCAGAGAGGGAAAGACGUCUUUCUUCAUGAUGUAGACUGUGUCCCAAAUUGCACCGUAUUCCCUUUAUAGGGCACUACUUUUGACAGGCUCUGGUCAAAAGUAUAGUGCACUAUACAGGGAAUAUGGUGCCAUUUGGGAUUCAACUGUAAUCUCUGACUUCAACCGCCUGCCUCCUCCUCAGUCAUGAGUAUGAUCUGAUCCUGAAUGCGGACGCCAACUGCUCCCAGCACCACUAGUGGUUCUAUUUCGAGGUCAGCGGUAUGGCGGCCAACGUACCCUAUCGCUUCAACAUCAUCAACUGUGAGAAAGCCAACAGCCAGUUCAACGACGGUAAGCAGAAAUAAGUACUGAGGUAGAUGAUUUUCAAAAUAGAUAUUUUAGUGUUGGCUGCCCACCCCCUGUGUUGUUGAUCUCUGUAUGUGUUGGGGUGUUGGGGGUGGGUUCCCUCAGUAGCUGCCCCUUAAAGCCUCCCUCUCUGUGUGGUGCCCCCCUCAGUCCCCAUCACUGUGCUGCUCCGUCCCCCACACAGGGCUGUCCUUCAUUCAGAACCUCUCCUUCCCCAGUUCUAAAGCUCAGCGGUGA